AACUGCAAAUCUGCUCACUUCUCACUGUUCACCAUGGCCAUCCAACUUCCACCUGGGAUCAUACUGAUCUUCCGCCGUCUGCCUCGUCUCUUGCUUCCCCCCGUAUCCAUCUACAUUCUACUACGUGUCUGCGAUGCAGUCCUCGACGUCUCUGUUCCUUACUGGCUUCAAUUCCUCGCCUACAUCCUAUCAAUUCCCCUAACACCGAUGGUCAGUGUCAUAUACACUGAUUACGUCGAUAGCAGAGAGGCCGCUGCUCGUGGUGCAGUUCUCCCUCCCAGAGCUACAAGCAAAUGGCCUGCAGGCCUUGACAUUUUAUUGCGGAUGGUCGCAAAUUCGAAAACGGGCUAUAUGGGUGAAGUGCUAGAGCAAGAGGCUGAGAUCAAUGGGAACACGUUCAAUGCCAAGGUUCUUCUUGAGAAUAGGAUAUUUACCUUUGAACCAGAAUAUAUCAAGGCUAUCCUCGCAACAAAAUUUAAUUCGUACGGUAAAGGUCCCAUGUUCUGGGAUCAGGUCAAUUCGCUUCUUGGAACCGGUGUAUUCAAUUCAGACGGUGACACAUGGAAAUUUCACCGGACCAUGACGCGCCCAUUUUUCAGCAGGGACCGUAUUAGCCACUUUGAUAUCUUCGAAAAACAUGCAGAGGAUGCUAUCAGUCAGUUCAAGCAAAGGUUGAGAGAGGGCUAUCCCGUCGACUUCCAGGACAUGGUAUCGCGAUUCACUCUUGACUCGGCUACUGAAUUCCUGUUCGGGAAGGAUGUGUGCUCUCUAGGAGCAGGAUUACCAUAUCCUCCAUCGUCUCCAUUAGCGAAAUCAGCGUUUACUGAGAACCACCCUGCCAACAUAUUCGCGCAAGCGUUUGCAGAGGCUCAGGUAGCUGCUUCUUCUCGAGGACGCUACGGUUCCAACUGGCGCUUCUUCGAGUUCUGGAGUGACACCGUUAAGAAACGCAUGGACAUCUGUUAUCAGUUCAUCGAUCCUAUUCUCAAGGAUGCACUGCAGAAAAAAAGGGAUUUGAAGGAGAGCGGCGUAAACGACGAUGCCAAGGAAGGUGAAACACUUCUAGACCACCUCGUAAAUUAUACGGAAGAUCCUACGGUGAUCCGGGAUGAAACACUAAACAUCAUGAUUGCGGGUCGUGACACAACCGCUGGCUUGUUGACAUUUGUCAUUUACAUGCUUUCCCAGCACCCUGUUGUUCUUACCCGUCUUCGCGAGGAAGUCCUCACUAAAGUUGGGGGCUCGAGAAGGCCGACAUACGAUGAUAUGCGCGAGAUGAAGUAUAUGAGAGCGGUUCUGAAUGAAACACUUCGACUAUAUCCUCCAGUGCCAUUCAAUGUUAGGACAAGCACUGAAGCUACUGUUUGGCCUUCAGUGAAUGGCGGCAAACCGUUGUACAUCCCUGCGAACACCAGAGUUCCCUAUUCCGUGUUUUUAAUGCAUCGGAGGAAGGAUUUAUGGGGUCCAGAUGCUUUAGAAUUUGACCCAGAUAGAUUUAUUGAUCAGCGUCUUCACAAGUUCCUCACUCCAAACCCCUUUAUUUUUGUUCCCUUCAACGCCGGUCCCAGGAUCUGUUUAGGCCAACAGUUCGCAUACAAUGAAGCAUCUUACUUCCUUGUUCGCCUUCUCCAAGCAUUUUCGUCCGUAUCGCUUGCGACCGAUGUUCAAAAACCACCUCCGGCUGAGUGGGCGAAAGGUCCAGGAAGACAAGCUGUGGAGAAGAUAGUCAUCAAGGGACACUUGACCAUGUAUGCUGCGGUACGUGAUAAUUACCUAUGGUGGGCUGCGAUUUGUUUGCUCAUCUCUCAUAUGAAAGGAUGGUGUAUGGGUGAGGAUGGAUGAGGCGAAUCAAAAUGAGACUGUAAUAUAACUUUUGCGCGUGGUCACCGAGAAAGCCUCAUAUUUAACUAUAUGCAACCACAUACUAUUUAUCUUUACUGUAGCUCAAAUGUAAACUUGUGUAAUUCUGCGCAGUCCCAUAGAUCAGUGCGCUGUUUUGUUUUUCGUUCUGUUUUCCUGUAGUUGGUUGUUAUACUCAAUCACAUACGUGCGACAGCACAAUUUAUCAUGAUUUCCA